AUGAAACCCGGACGUGACAAAUUGGCAUAUUUUCGAAUAAAAGAGCUCAAGGAUGUCCUGACUCAGUUAGGUCUUUCAAAGCAGGGGAAGAAGCAGGACCUUGUUGACCGGAUAUUAGCUCUUCUGUCUGAUGAACAAGUUUCCAAGAUAUGGGCAAAGAAGAGUGCCAUUGGAAAGGAAGAGGUGGCAAAACUAGUGGAUGACACUUACAGUCUUGCUUUUAUUCCCUCCAUUGACAAACACCCUGUUCUCAUCUCCAGGAAAAUGCAGGUGUCUGGGGCCACUGAUUUAGCAUCUAAGGGACAGGGUGUUUCUGAUUGCAGUAAUUCAAAGUUUAAUGGAGAAAUGGACGAUCCAUUUCACUCGGACACAAAAGUUCGCUGUCCAUGUGGAAGCUCAUUGGAGACAGAGUCAAUGAUUAAGUGCGAGGAUUUUAAAUGUCAUGUGUGGCAACACAUUAGUUGUGUUAUAAUUCCAGAAAAACCCAUGGAGGGCAUUCCACAAGUUCCUGACGUGUUCUACUGUGAGAUUUGUCGGCUAAGCAGGGCUGACCCCUUUUGGGUUACAGUUGCACAUCCACUAUAUCCUGUGAAGCUGGUUGUAACAAAUGUUCCAACUGAUGGUUCAAGCCCAGUGCAGGGUGUGGAGAAAACAUUUCAUCUCACUAGGGCAGACAAGGAUCUGUUGGCAAAACAAGAAUAUGAUGUUCAGGCCUGGUGUAUGCUUUUGAAUGACAAAGUUCCAUUUAGGAUGCAAUGGCCACAGUAUGCUGAUCUCCAGGUUAAUGGUAUAGCUGUUCGUGCUAUUAAUAGACCUGGUUCGCAGUUGCUGGGGGCUAAUGGUCGUGAUGAUGGUCCAAUUAUCACGCCAUGUGCAAAAGAUGGGUUCAAUAAGAUUUCAUUAAACGGAUGUGAUGCUCGAACCUUCUGCUUAGGAGUUAGAAUUGUAAAACGACGAACAGUUCAACAGAUACUCAACUUGAUUCCCAAGGAGUCUGAAGGUGAGCAUUUUGAAGAAGCACUUUCUCGUGUUUGUCGUUGCGUUGGUGGUGGAACUGUAACAGACAAUGCCGAUAGUGACAGUGACCUGGAAGUUGUUGCAGAUUCUUUUGGUGUCAAUCUUCGUUGUCCUGGGAAUGGCCACCUUUUGUUGCAAUGCUGGUGGGUUUGGGUGUGUGGAAUAGGUCCCAUGCUGCCAGAGUUUGGUUUUGACCAGUCUAGGAUCUUUCUUUGGCAGUGCCCCAUCUGUCUCAAGAACUACUCCUUGGAAAAUAUAAUCAUCGACCCAUAUUUCAGUCGCAUCACAUCUAAGAUGAGGCAUUGUGUGGAAGAUAUAACAGAGAUUGAGGUGAAGCCUGAUGGUUCCUGGCGUGUGAAAACAAAAACUGAAGCUGACCGUAAGGAUGUUGGAGAACUUGCACAAUGGCAUAAUCCUGACAGUACUCUGUGUGUCCCUAAUGUUGGAGAAUUCAAAGCAAAAGUGGAAAUGGUGAAGCAGAUCAAGCAGGAAGGAAUUUCCGAAGGUAAUGCUGGUGCUGGUUUGAAACUUGGAAUCAGAAAGAAUCGCAAUGGGUUUUGGGAAGUUAGCAAACCUGAAGAUAUGAACACCUCCUCUUCAGGUAGAUUGCAAGAAAACUUUGAACACCAUGAACAGAAAGUUAUUCCUAUGAGCAGUAGUGCCACUGGUAGUGGUCGUGAUGGGGAAGAUCCAAGUGUAAAUCAAGAUGCUGGUGGAAAUUUUGAUUUCACAAACAAUGGAACGGAGCUUGAUUCUUUGUCUUUGAAUGUAUAUUCAACAUAUGGAUUCACUGACCGAAAUUUAUCUGCACCAGUAGGGAAUGCAGAAGUCAUUGUCCUUAGUGAUUCAGAUGACGAUAAUGAUAUAUUGAUUUCCUCUGGAUCUGUCUACAAGAGUAAUCAAAAUGAUGGUGGUGCUACUUUUUCUGUGCCCCCUUCUGGAAUUGUAGAUCCUUUUCCGGAAGAUCCUACACUUGGGACUGAUGGAAAUUCGUGCUUGGGUCUUUUCAAUGCUAAUGAUGAAUAUGGGAUGCCCCUCUGGCCACUGCCUCCCGGAAACCAAGCAGGCCCAGGAUUCCAAUUAUUUAAUUCAGAUGUCUCGGAUGCCUUAGUUGAUUUGCCACAUGGUCCUGUUAACUGUCCCUCAUCAAUGAAUGGAUACGCCUUAGCUCCGGAAACCGUCAUGGGAUCUACUUGUUUAAUCCCAGAUUCUUCUAUUGGUCGAUCAGACAUGGAUGUAAAUGGUGGCUUGGUUGAUAAUCCCUUGGCUUUUGGUGGAGAAGAUCCUAGUCUGCAAAUCUUUCUUCCAACAGGGCCUUCAGAUGCAUCAAUGCAGUCUGAUAUGAGGGAUCAAGCUGAUGUGUCAAAUGGUGUCCGUACUGAUGAUUGGAUCUCUCUUAGGCUUGGUGGUGGUUCUACUGGCAAUCUCAGCGAGUCAGUUCCUUCAACAAUUGGACUGAAUUCAAGACAGCAGAUGCCAUCUAGAGAAGAUGGCAUGGAUUCUUUGGCUGGCACUGAUUCUUUGCUGCUUGGUAUAAAUGAUGGCAGAUCUGAAAAGGCAAGUCGACAAAGAUCGGACAGUCCUUUCUCAUUUCCUCGCCAAAAACGUUCUGAUACAUUUGCUGGGGUGAUAUGGUGA